AACAAAACAAAGAAGAAAGGAAAGGUUGUUAAUUGUUGAUCUUCGAAAGGAGCAACGUUUAGUUUUGUUGUCACAAUCUUGAAGGUUCGACGAUCAACAAUACGAGACGAGUACUAGUACUAGUACAAUACAAUACAAGACAAGACAAGACGAAGAUGGCCGUGACAAUCGCAGAACCCGACACUCCUGGGCGCAACACGGUUGCUCGUGAGCGCGAUGACAUGGAUAGUAGUGUGAAUGUGAAUACUGGUAGUGGAAGUGGAAGUGGCAGUGCGGCGACAAGUCCAGUUCGAGUGGCUUCUCUUGGCAAAAGUGGAAAGCUCAAGAUCUUGACUGACAAUCGUGACACUCGCACUCCUGACUUUCGUUCGAACGGUCAGUACACGCCUUCGACCACUGCGAGUACUACUGGUUCUGCCGGAACACCCUUUUCUUCUUCUUCCUCCUCUUCAGUGUCCCGUCAGUUCUACGCCGUUCGCAAAGGACGAGGAGUAGCUCACUGCAUCUUCUCCAGUUGGGACCACGCCAAGCAACACGUGGAGAACUUCCGCGACGCCAUCUACAACGUCUUUGACAACAUGGACGACGCCAUGCUAUACAUUCAGCUUCCUUCUCAUCAGAAUCAUCAUCAUCAUCACCAUCAGCGUAGACACUCUACUAGUAGUAGUAGCACUAGUAGCACUUUGUCCAACAGUAACAACGACAGCAACAACAACUCUUCCAAGCGCAAGCGAACAGCCACUCUUCCCUUCAACAACCACAAUAACAACGACAGCAAAAAGUCUCGGGCUGCUCUUCCUCUCACCACCACCACCACCAACAAAAACAACAGCAGCAGCGACAAGGAGAAUCAAGUCGCCAACAACACCGCCACCAAGAGAAACAAUGCUCGAAAACAAACCCAUGUGGCUGUGGACGCUCAAGUCGCCGUUACUAACCAGGAAGAAGACCAAGCCUCACUGGAGGAAGAUGACAGGGAAUUGCCACAAAUCCUAGAGGAAGGAUACCGCAAAAACCUUCCAAAGGGAUGGAGGGCAAAUGAUCUAUUCCCCGCUCGCAGACAGGAUCGUCUACGCUGGGAAAAACGAUACUUGCAAGAUGUCGCCAGUCUAAAGGCAUACAGAGCUACAAAACCAUCCAGUGCUAGAGAUGUACACAACAUGAGACACCAAAGUGGAAUCCCAAAUGCUUUCUCAUUAGCAUACCUCAACUGGAGCUGGGGUGUCGGCGAAGCCUACCAUCGCUACCUCGCUUUCCAGCAACGCAAGAACAAACCAGAGACCACCAAACAUCGCACCAAAAACAACAAACUCAAGGUCGCACCGGCAAAUCGAUCCAACCACUACUCCUGCAGCACUUGUGUCAUCACUAAUAGAGAAGCCGCACGUAAACGAUUCACUGCAAAGGCAAUGUUCUACUCAUUCCGCGUGCAGCAGUUGGCAGAACUCAGUGUCACGGGGCUACGCAAAGAUCAGCUUCCGGGAAGAAUGAGUUCCAACGAUCUAGAGAGAAAGUCACCAUUGGUCAAUGGAUGCUCGCGCAGCAAGGAACUCAUGGACGAAGCAAGAGCUGAUUGGGAAACACUCUCGUCCGAAGACAAGGCUUUCUGGGAAGAACAGGAGCAAGAACAUGAUGCCCGUCAACCCGAAAUCAGAAGCAUCCUGGAAGCCGCGCUGCAAAAGGACCCAAAACGAAGUGCCAAAAAACUCUCGGAAGAUAUUGGUCACUGGUGUGGCAAGACCACCAUCGGAAAAUGGAAAGGGCUCUAUCUUGGACCCAGCUACCGAAAGGGCAUUUCCAAUCCCCAAACAGCAGAGAUUUCGAUGGACCUGACUGAUAGCGGUACUACCACUAGAGGAAGUGCGACCCCGCUUGCUCCAUUGUCCUUGGCAAACAACACCCGCAACUACAGCCCUCCCCACAUCAGUGCCGCCAAGUUGUUGGUUGGGCUUCCCGAUGCCAAUAGUGGAAAUCCGUUUGGCAGCGACGACGAUGGUGAUUCGUGCCAAGACGGCGAGGAGCCAAGUCCUGCUCGCUGUGCUUCCCAUGGCACUACCAGUACUACUACCAUGGGUUGUAACGAGGGAAUGAUUGCAUCCUAUGAGGAUGAUGAUGAUGACGACAACAUGGUCAUUUGAGGAGGAAGCCAGUAGGAGAAGCUACAUGUAGUUUGUUUGGGUCACUAUCAGCGUGGCCAUAGUUAGCAUUUAAUUUUCGUAAAGUAAAGCAGUUUGUAUACGAACCUUUUAGUAGUGCAAGUACUGGUAGUAGGGGAGGAUGGGAAAUAGAAUUGCAUUCUACUAGACUACAUGUACAUGUAGAUCUACUAGGUACUAUACUGUAGUCAUCUAUGUAUACUGUAUGCAUAUGUACUGUAGCCCAGUAUAUUGAUAUUCCUAAAUCUUUUUGUGUGAACGAUUACUGUACUGUCAAGGUGAAAC